CGGCGUUCGAGCCAGUCUGCGUCCGCCAGUCGUCGCGACGUCCUCGCAUCGCAGUGACUUCGCGCCGAUUCUUCCCCUUCGACACGUCGCAUUACAACAACCGACGUUGUUUAACAGUCCUUGCAGGACAUCCGAAAUUCCUUAUUGAACAUCGUGUUUUCCAUCUCAUGAAUCAAAGUCCCGAGGUCCUCCGGGUCAAAUUCCUGUGAAGGGUCGGGUGUUCUUUAGAAUUCAAACGUCAGGUGUAAAGAACCUCCGCGAUCAAAGUGCUACGAGGACACUGAGAGAAUCGUCAGAGCGUGAUCAAUCGGUUAUAUAAGAAAAGUAAGAAACAGUGGUUUCCAUCCGUUUCGAAAAGUCGUUGGGGAUUCUCUGUCCCUUUUCCGGGUCGCUUUGCGCGCGGCUCUUCUGAGUCAACCCUUUUCUUCGCACCUGUGCGUGCGAACUUCGGUGACUCGUCGUCACGGUGGUCAAAAGGGAAGAGUAUCAUAGCGGAGAAAAACAGAAAGCUCGAGCGUACCUCUUUCCAAUUUUCCGCCCUUUCGUCUCUCCACUCACUUGAAUCCCGAAAGAGUCUCUCUGCGGCUCGCCGUGGAUGGAUCGCCGGCUUUGAUACUCAGCUCCGAUAUUCCUCGGCCACCAUUGUUCGGUGCUCGACGCUCUCGCGGGGCUCGAAAUUCCUGGCAGCUGGGGUGGGGGUUUCGACUUUCGCCGGUGCACGGAGGUCGCGACCGAAGCUCAUUACGACGCUGGCACGCGCCGCGGCGGGAUCACGCGUCGAAGUACGUAUUACGGGAAGUGACUUAUUUGAAGUGUGAAAGUGAGCCGAUACGACCUGGGGUAAAGUGCACGCAGCCAGAGGCCUGUACCUGCACCCACCGCCGGCACCCAGUUUGUCUGAUACACAGAGGAUCAAGUUUGUUAACGGUAUCAAGGAUUCUCUUUAAGACGCCGAUUGGAGCUUCGUGCUAGCCGUUUCAGCCGUGCAUGUCCGAGUUUGAAUCCGGCGAGAGCAGCUGCCACGAGGAACUACUGUAAUCGAGAGAGCUUACGGCGCGUCGCAGUUGGGAAUUUUAAACUGCUGCCCGGCUGCCCGAUCGACUGGGCUGGACUUCAGAGCUGGAGGAUAUACAUGGUGAAAGUUCUGGCGAUGAAGAUGAGCAAAGUGGGCAACCAGACCAAUUCGCAGGACCCACAGGCGGUGAAUUCCCGGGUUUUCGUCGGGAAUCUAAACACGUUUCAGUGCAGCAAGACCGAUGUGGAGCGAAUGUUUCAACGCUACGGCCGCCUGGCAGGAAUAUCCAUGCACAAAGGCUAUGCAUUCGUGCAAUUCACAAAUCCCUUUGAUGCCCGGAGCGCCUGCCUCGGCGAAGAUGGCCGCACCGUUCUUAGCCAGAUACUCGAUGUUAAUAUGGUGGCCGAACCGAAGCCCCAUCAGACUGGACGCAAGCGGCAGAAUGUAACCAAGACUGGCAACGACUGGGACUACUACUACGACAGUUACUACGCAUCGACUGCUUUUCCACCUCGUUUGGCACCGCCGUUGAAGAGAGCCCGUUUGAUGCCGCCGGCUCGAUCGCAGCAUCCGAAGCAACAGAAACAGCAACCCGCGGCGAACACCGCCAACAGCAUCCCGGAUCUGAACCAGCUGAAAGUGUACACUCGCAAUUUCCGUGUUCCAGGCAACCCGGAUAUCCUGAUCUGCGGCAACUGUAGAGAGAUGUUUACAGACCUCGGCGAGUUGCUCGAGCACAAGCGGAAUUACUGCAAACUGCGGUUCACAUGUAAAUGUCACACCUUUAACGGAACGGCCCCAAGAGACUCCACGACGGCUCUGCUAUGCGUUCUCUGCAAGGUAUCGUUCCCUUCGGCAUGGGAACUGAUGGUUCACGCUCAAGCGGCUCACAUGAUCAACAUUUACGAGCUUGGAACUCGACCUCAGAGUCCCAGAUCCGCGGCCAGUCCGCCGCAGAGUCCGAGUCAACAUCAGAAGGAAUCAUCCCCGUUACCGCAAGACUUUCAGGAGACCAAGGCAUCGGAUUGCGAGGAACGCGCGGAGGAGGAGGAUCUAGAUGGACACGAAUUACUGCCGUCCCCUGACAGUGGCAAGUCAACGGACAACGAGGCGGCACUGUCACCGAUUAAAAUACGGUCUGACGUGAACGGGCUGGACCACGAGGAAUGCGACGAGCUGAUCCACGUCGAGAACACCACCCAGGCCUGCAUCAUGCACGCACUCAGCAUUGACUCAUCCUUGGAACUCAAGUCUGACACGAACUCGAGGGGAAGUUCUGGCCCAGUCAUGGCGUUGACUAAUGGAUCCCUGUCCGCGAAGGAAUAAGGAGAAGAACGAGAGGAAGUAGAAAGAAGAAAAAGAAUUAGUCAUUGGUACACGGUUGCCCAUUGCCAGGGUUUCCCUGUACCAACGCCAUACCAACGAGACAUAUCGAUCUCCCUUAAGGAUAACACACCUGUCUGUAUAUAGCUUAAAUGCCUAACAAAUAAUUCAGGGUCGUCUCAUGCCAGAUCUGGGACCUAUUUUGGCGAACUUAGUAUCGAUGAAUCUCGAGCCGCUCCGAGGAUUCGACGAACGGGAAAGAUUUAAAGCGUUUCGCCCUCCAUUUACGUCCAUCUGAUCGAUUAAUCCUUCUCUUCCUUUCUCCCAUUUCGCUGCGAGUAUUUAACUUUCAACGCGCAACUUCUCUUCACUUCUUUCUUUCUUUCUUUCUUUCUUUCUUUCCUUCCCUCCUCCUCCGUCUCCUUAAUCUUUACAGACGCGUCUAUGCAACCCGUUCUCGAGAAAGUUACAACCAACCUCCAUUGACUUCCGGUUUAUCACGGAAAUUCUAGUCGGUGAAAAUUGCUUCCACGGGAGAACGUAUUGAAGUGACAAUCACUUAACUCGUUUUGUUACAUCGUUAUCGGCGCAUCCUCUCUUUUAAAUCGUUUAACUGACACUUCGGUAUGUUCCUCGUUGUCGGUUCAAAUUUAUUCUAGUCACGAUGCAUUGCUUAUCUGUGAUAACUAUCUUUGUCGGUGAUAAGAAUCGCGGCCGCGCGGUAUGGUUACGUUGUUCGGAAGAUUCGUUACGAUUUGUCCACGGCACUCGUCGCUCUCUCGGCUCGUUUGAGUAGCCGUCGCGGAUGAUUCCUAAGUAGUAAGGUGGCAGCGUUAAUGGAUUCUUUUUCUAGUCGUCGUUGAGAAAUAGGUGAAGAACCAGGCCGUCCGUUUGUGGUAGAACGUUUCAUGGAAAAAAAAAGAGAAGAAAGAAAUGAGUAGUCUUCCGGAGAUACACACACACAUAGUUACGUCGCACGGUAACGGAGAAUUAAUUAAUAAUGGCCUUCCCUUUCUUUAAUUUCCCGGAGGAGACCGGAUUUCACCCGCUGAAAUCAGAACUACAGAAUCACGUCUUCCCAGGAUAUAAACGAGGUCUACUUAAUUUCAAAUUAAUUUAAAGCUUCCUAUAUAUGUAUACUUCAAGCCAUUUUUACCAGCUUCAACUGUGUGCGAACACAGGUGAACGAUCUCCGACCUGCGAGUACGAUUGUAAAUAAAUUCUGCCGUUUUUUCCGUGAAUCUCCGUAGCUCGGUGAUUUAAAAAAAAAAACUCGAUUAGCUGACGCGUCGGGCAUAUUAAUCAGUCAAGUUAAGCUUAAUUGCCAUUUAGGACGUUGUAAAUAUUCGUGUAACCUUAAGUUUAGCGUAAAGGAAGAAGCGUAGCUCGCGUUAUUACGUUCCCUAGAAUUAAUUAGAGGCGAGGGAGUACGACUGAACACGCGUCGAAACGCUUUAAAUCGUCGGGCGGCUCGCUCUCCUCGGACGUUUUCGAUCGCGUUGAUAUUUAAAUUUAGCCGAUUCCGAUGCUGACUUAUACGCCACGAUAUUAAAUGUAAUGAUGAGUAAGACUAUCGAAUCCCAUUAUAGAUAGAGGAUGGGACGGCAGUGAAAAGAUGCGAGAGAACAGAGAACGAGAAACGAGCCACGGUGUUAGCAUAUCAAAACGUAUUUUUGAUGAGAACGGCGUGCGUGAAUGCGAUUUCUUUUUCCAAAGCACAGGCAAGCAUCGUCCAAUUUAGUGUAAUCGAUUAGAACGACAGAAGCGAAGAUCUAAUACCAUAACAACAACAAAAAUGAUAACGAACUGGCUCCGUGAUAACAGCGACGUGCAAAGGAUAAUGAUAGGAAUGACGUGAUUCUCUUCUAAAACUGCAAUUAAUCGCAGUUACAUCGCAUCCAGCGUAAAGAGAUCAAACGUGCUUUCGUUUCAUAACACACGUGCGUCGAAAUCGACGCUCGGAUAAAAGCACGAAUGGUAAUUGUGGAUAUCGUUACCGUUGGACGUCGAGCGCUAUCAUCCUAGAUAAACCGAGAAUAACGAAUUCGACUGGAUCGCAUCCACGUUUAAUUAGUGGGAAGUGGCUAGGGCUGCGAGUAUCCGUGCGGAUUUCUAUUCCCCUUUCGUACAUUAUAUUACAUAAAAAGAUCUGCAAGGAUGUGUACGAACAUUUUGGUCGAUCUAUAGGAACGUGAAUAGACACGUACGUGUAAUAUAGAGCAUGAUCGAUGUUCGCGUACCUUGAAACGACAACCCGUGAACGAUUCCAGACUGUAAAUUCUAAAUAAACGAGAAGCGGAUGAAGGAUGGGAGAGGAACCGGAGCUGCGAGCUCUUUGUAGUUUCCAAGGUACCAAGUACUUUUCCUGCGUAAGGAUUGCGACGUUUUCACUUUUACGUAUAUUUUAUAAUGGGACGCUGUAAUUUCGCUAAGCCGUACAUUUAUUACCGUAGACAUAUACGUACUUAUAAUUUACAUAAUUUAUUACAUCUACUGUAUUGUAAUAUUGUAAUAUAAUUAUCCUAAUAGAAACGAAAUCAUAAUGGCCGUGGUGGUUGGAUAUAUAAAAUAUGCGCGCCGUAUCAAUAAUGGAAACAGUAUUUAUGAAUUAUUGAUACGAUGCAGACAGACAUUGGUCGUACGCAUUUUUACCAUUUCUAUGUAUCAUUAUUAUCGUUUGACCGAGCUCAUAUAUUUUUAAUAUCCGAAGAACGAUAACGAGAUCUUUCGUGUACGUGAUCGAGCAAACGCAAUCAAGAAAAGAGUCGCGGAUCACUUCGGCAGCCCUAGAACGAUCAGCGGUCUCUUAUUUAAUGAGAUUAGCGACGCGACGCGUCUGUAUUUAUAGUUACAUUUCCGUUUUAUAAUAUUCAAUCGUUAUCGUUGAAAAAGGGUCUUCUCUGAAUUGAAAAGUUGUCGACAAUUUUUAACCGAAUAAUAUAAGAUCCCUUGAUUCUAUCAAGUGUCUCAUGAAAUUUCUCUUUAAGUUACAUUGCAUGUCGAUGAAUUUUCAAUAGUUCGACCGUAUCAAAGCCACGAAAACAGAAGUACCGAACGCGAUGAAACGGCGAGAUGGAUUCUUACUCGAAGAGCGUAUCUUUAGCGAUGUGUAGACUAAGCUACCUUAAUCAUUUACUAAAGAGUGGUCUAUAUAGUUUAUCCGUAUCCACCAAAUAUAAUCCGUAAACGAAAAAAAAAGAAAUACCAAAGAAUCAUCGGCUGAUAAGGCGAGGCGAAGAUCAAGAAGGUCAUAACGUCGAGCGAGGUGUUAUUGAAAGGAGAACAGUGAAAAGAGAACCUCGGCCGCAUUUCUUCCUGCGUUCUUUCUUCGUACGAAAGCAGAGGUGAGGAUACAUUUAUCUACGUUAAGUUAAAGGUCUAGCUCUUAGAAACACGAGAGUUAUUUGUUCAUAGUCCUAUAAAAAUGCGUAUAUGUAUUAUAUAUAUGAACAAUGUUUUAUGGAUAAUUAUCAUCUGAAUAAAAUACAUUAAGUCUUUUAACAAUCCUUAUGCCCGUUCAGUUCAGAACGUCAUUUCAACCGUGCGAAUUAUUAAAACGUAUUUAUACCACGCGUUAUUUCUUCCAAUCUAGAAUUGUUAAAUUGAUUUAAGAAAUCCAUUGAUUAUUGUCGUGCAAUAAACGUGUAAAUUUC